UAACGCCAGAGAGCCAGUUGUCCCAGACAGAGGAAGGACAGUCAUGGGGAAGAAAGGUGGGAGAGGUGACUUUGAAUGGGUCUACAAUGACCAGCCGCACACCUCAAGAAGAAAAGAGAUUCUGGCCAAAUAUCCAGAGAUCAAGUCUCUGAUGGGUCCGGACCCCCAGCUGAAGUGGGUGGUAUCGGGCAUGGUCUUGACCCAGCUGGUGGCCUGCUACCUGGUCCACGACCUCUCCUGGAAGUGGAUCUUCUUCUGGGCUUAUGCGUUCGGAGGCUGCAUCAACCACUCCCUGACUCUGGCCAUCCACGACAUCUCUCACAACGUGGCCUUCGGCAACAAGCUGGCCAAGUGGAACCGCUGGUUUGCCAUGUGGGCCAACCUGCCCAUCGGGGUGCCUUACUCCGCCUCCUUUAAGAAGUACCACGUUGACCACCAUCGGUAUCUGGGUGGCGACCAGCUAGAUGUCGACAUCCCUACAGAAUUGGAGGGAUGGUUCUUCUGCACCCCGGCCAGGAAGCUCCUCUGGCUCUUCCUCCAGCCCCUCUUCUACGCCAUACGCCCACUGGUGGUCAAUCCAAAGCCAGUGGGUCAGCUGGAGAUCCUUAACUUAGUUGUUCAGCUCAUUGCAGACUUGAUUAUCUACUAUCUGUGGGGGCUGAAGCCCAUCGUUUACCUUAUCGCAGGUUCUAUCCUGUGCAUGGGAGUGCAUCCUAUUUCUGGACAUUUCAUUGCUGAGCACUACAUGUUCCUGAAGGGACAUGAGACAUAUUCUUACUAUGGACCACUGAACUGGAUCACCUUCAAUGUUGGGUAUCACAUGGAGCACCACGACUUCCCGAGCAUACCUGGCAGUAAACUACCUCAGGUGAAGCAAAUCGCAGCAGAGUAUUAUGACUACCUGCCACAACACACUUCCUGGAUCCGGGUAUUAUGGGACUUUGUGUUCGACGACAGCAUCGGCCCGUACGCCAGAAUCAAACGGAAGUACAAGCUGACCAAGCAGGGAUAGAUUGAUUUGCUUUUGAAUGUGAAAUUGAGUCUUUUAAAUAUAUAUGGACCAGUAAAAAAAUACCACUACAUUCUUCAGAUGUUCUUCCCUCCAUGUAGUGUGUGACUGUCUGUAUUGACUGUAUGUAAACAUCUUUAACAGUCAAUGUGUAGGACAUCCCAGUUCAUUUCCUGUUGCAGUGUAUGUGAACGACAUUAUCUAACUGGAAAUAAACACGGCCCCAAGCUGUUGUUGACCCAGGAGAGCCUCUAUAGGGCAUUUCAGUUGCAUGCAGUUCAUGGAAAUGAGAAGAUAAUUCAGAUACAGCUAGAUACAGUUUCCUUACCCUGCUAUUUAUUCAUGCUUCUAUUCCUGCUAGAAGCCGAUAGCCUGUCGUCAUGAUACAGUGAUGACAUUUCCUUGUAUCCAGAAGGCACUGAGAAGGGCAAAAUGACAAUUAAAAACCUAAUGUUUCAACAGCAAUAAAAUCCUAAUUUCUUUAAGAUAAAGGUCAAUACAUUCUCAUUAGGUUUUUACAGACAUGGCACUAACUUUGUGAUUUCAUUUCCCUACAGGCAAUAAAAAAGUCUUCUGAAUGUGAGAGUCGAAGCCUCUCAGAUUACCUAAUAUACAGUCAUGGAAAUUAUUAGACCAAUUUUUUCUUCAAUUUCUUGUUCAUUUUAAUGCCUUGUCCAACUAAAUGUACAUUUGUUUGGACAAUGAUAACAACAAAAACAGCCCAUAAGAGUUUAAUUUAAGAGGUGACAUCUUUUUUGUGAUCAUUAUAUUUGUCCAAACAAAUGUACAUUUAGCUGCACCAGACAUUAAAAUUAACAAGAAAAUGAAGAAAACAAGGGUGGUCUAAUCAUUUUUUCCAUGACUAAUUUUGAAUCCUUCGUGCAGAACAGUGCUGAGGUGGAAAAUAAGCAUUGAAACUUACCUCACAGUAAGAAGAGCCUUUUCUUGUGACACUGCAUUCUGCCUGUUAGCAGCUCCACUGAGCUGUGAACAGUUAGAUUACAUCUAAAAGGGAGUGGACAAAAUAACAGAAACACCUUACAAUGCACAAAGGUAGAAUAUUUCAACUGGAGUCUGAGGAUGUUUGGUGUGGCAGAGUGAACUGAUUUCAUGAGGCUCAGUGUCCCUUUCAGUCAGUGUUAGUGAGAGUCUCCUACAGUAAAUCAGCACUUCUGAUUUAGGAUUUAAACAUUACAAGCUUUACCAAAUUAGUAUUCACUGUGGAGCUGCUGUAUAGUGUUUCUGUCAUUUUGUCCACCCACUCAUAUGUACAGCUUAUCUAUGUGUUGUGACUGAUCUGUGUUGUUUGUAUUAAAUGACUGGAAUAUACAUAAAACAGUAAAGGAAACUAUAGAAUAAAGAAUAUGACUUUGUGGUUGAUUUUUUUUUUCACUUUCUGUCUGUUUUGCGGUAACCAGAUGGGCACCAUGCUAUCAGUCAGACGACUUAGUAGUUUAAAAAAUUUCCCAUUGGACAAAAAA